ACAAAUCAUCAAGAAAACAUCAUUCUUUGUUCUACUUAACUAGAUUGCCAUCUUGCAGUACUAAAAAAAAAUAAAACAAGAUGAACAAACAACUUAUCAUUUACUUCUCAUUCUUACUUCUAUGUUUCCACUACUCUAAUGGAGCAACUUUACCUCACUCUCCAGCCCAAGCUCCAUCCAAACAUGUAGCCAUAGCCCCGGCUACGGCUAAGACGAUAACCCCAACCAAAGCGCCAACAUCUUUGCCAGUGUCGGCGGUGGAGCCACCGUCUCAAGUGCCACUUGUCCCGGCACCACCCCACAAAGCCCUUCACACACCAACAGACGUCACCAAAAUCCUCGAAAAAGCCGGUAUCUUCAGUGUCUUCAUCCGCCUCCUUAAGAGUACCUCCGUAAGCAUUCAGAUUGAGAAUCAACUCAAUGUAUCCAACACAUUGACCAUUUUUGCCCCAACAAACGGGGCGUUUGGUGCUCUAAAGCCUGGCACUCUCAACACACUUUCCAACGAAGAUAAAGUCCAACUUGUCCAAUACCACAUUCUUCCUUCUUUAGUUUCACUCCAAAACUUUGAGACUCUCAGUAACCCUGUACGGACACAAGCUAGCAAUACCAAUGACUUUCCUCUAAAUGUUACUGUUGAAGGAAGCUCUGUUAACAUAACCACUGGAAUUGUUAACGCCACUAUUUCUGGUACUGUUUAUGAGGAUAAUCAGCUUGCUAUUUACAAGGUCGAUAAGGUGUUGCUUCCUCUUGGAAUAUUCGGUCUUAAACCGAAGACGAAGCAGCACUUGGCGCCUUCUCCCACACCAUUGAAGCCUUCUAAAGAUACUAAUUCGUCUUCUUCGUCGUCGUCUUUCUCCUCUUCAGAAGAAUCCAUUAGCCCAGACGCGGCAGAAGGGGACAAGUCGAACGGUGUUUUCUUGAGUAAAAAUGCUAUUAUAAACAUGGGAGUCUUUAUGGUUUCUGCAAUCUCUAUGUUUGGUCAAUUUUAGUUUUUAGUUGUGUUGGAGACUUUAUACUGUGUGUUGUGUUAAAUUGGAAGCGGUCAGUGUUUGGCCAUGGAAUUUUGAUUUACUGUUAUUGUUUGUUGGUUUUGUCAUGAGAUUUCCAUUUUAAUUUUGUGCAUAUAUUGUUUGAAUUGAAUUUUAAUGCAAUGAUUUUAUUUGUU